AUGGCCCAGAGAAAGACAACCAUGAACGCGACCAGGUACCAGUAUGCAGACAUCUGCCUUCCGUACGCUGAAACGGUGACCGUCAGCUCCAGCGCUGAUGUGACCAAUCCGUCCAAAACAGGUCCCGCGGAAUCUAGGAGUGUGGUUGGGCUGGGCGCGCGCUCCAAAACGUACCCGACCCCGGCACGUAGGAGGCACCGCACCACGUUCAACCACGAGCAACUGGAGUUGUUGGAACUCGCUUUCGGACAGAACCACUACCCGGACAUCUACAGCCGGGAAGAGCUGGCGCGUGCCACCAAACUCAAUGAAGCUCGAGUACAGGUAUGGUUCCAGAAUCGGCGUGCCAGGCAGCGCAAGCAUGACCGCGCUGCCCAGAAAGCCUUGCCCAUCAGUGUGAUGCCUGGGCAUGCUGCCCUCUUGUGUGUCCAGUCCCCGCGGGUCGAGUGGCAGUGUCAGUGUUCUCACUCCCUCACACCAGCCUCCCGGUUCUCCUCAGUGGUCACCACUGGUGGGUACUCUCACCACACUGUGCCAAGCGCCCAGUGCCCGUCGGUAGCGUUUAGCUGCCAGUCUGGCUCAGCACCUGCUCCGCAGUCUCGUCAGCAGGAGGACUGGUACUGCCAGCUACGCAGCAUGAACCCGCCAUCCAACCUGCCCCACGCGUCUGUGCUCUCACUGGCGUCCAUGUCGGCUCUAGACUCAGCCGGACACUGGAACUAG